GAACACACAACUCACAAUUUCACCACCAAAUACACUAUAUCUAUCAUUUUCAUCACAAACCUCCAAUACAAUUUCACAAUCCUGGUCCUUGUGAUUCCUCCCUCAUUGUACAAACCCAGCACUCCACCGAUCUUCUUUGCUUUCCAUAACACGAUUCUCCAUAUUUGGGAAAAGAAACGAGCGGAUCAAAGAACCAUCUUAUCAUCUACUUUGCCACUUGUUCCUCUGCGAUUCGCGAUUCCCAGAUUUCCUUGUCCUGGAGACGACGAUGAAAUUCACGCACACAACUUCCAAAAACUCCACUGCUCCUUCCACCGACCGAUCAGUGAACCCAAAAAAAAAAUGGAGCUUUCUCUCGAACCCACUUCCCUUCUCGUCCUCCUCUUCCUAGCCUUCAUCACAAUUUCCUACACCUUAACCAACGUCAUAAAAAACCGAUCAUCGACCACCGGCGGCGGCAGGGUACCUCCGGGGCCACGGAAGCUGCCGCUGAUCGGAAACCUCCACCAGCUGAAAUCGCCGCCGCACCGCUCGCUGGCCCAACUAUCGGCCCAACACGGCCCAAUCAUGCGGCUCCAGCUGGGCCAGCUCACCACCACCGUCAUCUCCUCCCCUGCUUUCGCCAGAGAGGUCUUCACCACCCACGACGUCACCUUCGCCAACCGCCCCGUCACCGCCGGCAACCGGAUCCUCUCCUACGGCCUCCUCGACAUCGGGUUCGCCCCCUACGGCGGAUACUGGCGCCACCUGCGGAAGAUCUGCAAGUCCGACCUCCUCAGCGCCAGUCGGGUCGGGUCGUUCCGCCGGAUCCGGGAGGAGGCGGCGGCGGAUCUGGUCGCCGGAAUCGCCGCCGAAUCGCGGGAGGGGGGUGGCGGUGGUGCUGUGAAUCUGAGCAAGAGGAUGGUGGAGAUGACGUACGGGAUCGCGCUGAGCGCCGCGUUUGGGAGGAGAUGCAGGGGAGAAGAAACAGGGGAAGCCUAUGUGUCGAUUGUGUUCGGGAUUGUGAAGAUGAUGACGGGUUUCACGCUGGUGAACCUUUUCCCUUCUGUGAAGUUGCUGGAAUUGGUGACUGGGAUGAAACCCAAGCUGAUUAAGCUGCACAAUGAGAAGGAUCGGAUCGUUCAGGGUAUUUUGGAUGAGCAUAAACAGAGGAGAAGGAACAGAGUUGUCAAUGGAGAUGAUGAUGAAGAAGAUGAAGAAGAUCUGACUGAUGUGCUGCUAAAAUAUCAGCAGCCUGGCGACUCUGACUUCCCCUUGACCGAUGAUUCCAUCAAAGCAAACCUCUGGGACAUGGUGACGGCAGGGGCAGAGACAUCCUCGGCAACAAUGGAGUGGGCGAUGUCCGAGAUGCUCCUAAACCCUCCGGUCAUGGCGGAGGCACAAUCCGAGGUCCGUCGCGUCUACGACGGGAAAUCGACCGUCGACGAGACGCUCCUCCACGAGCUCCACUACUUGAAAGCGGUGAUCAAGGAGACGCUGAGGCUGCACCCUCCGUCUCCCCUGCUAAUGCCGAGGGAAUCGAGCGAGGCCUGCGAGAUCAAAGGGUACCACAUUCCGGCCAGGACCCGGGUCAUAAUCAACGCGUGGGCGAUCCAUAGGGAUCCCGAGUCCUGGCCGGACCGACCGGACCGGUUCGUGCCCGAGAGGUUUCUGAGCCGGCCGAUGGACUACAAAGGGUCCGAGUUCGAGUUCAUUCCGUUCGGUGCCGGGAGGAGGAUGUGUCCUGGAGUGAUGUUCGCGCAGGCAAACGUCGAGCUGUCGCUCGCGAAGUUGCUGUUUCAUUUCGACUGGAAGCUGCCGGAAGGGGUGGAGGAGUUGGAUAUGAGUGAGUCGUUUGGGCUGGCGGUUUGUAGGAAGCAGGGCCUUGUUGCAGUUCCGGUUCCUCGCGGUGCUGUGUAGGAGGUUUUAUAGAGUACUUUGCACAAUGUAUGACAUUAGCUUAUCAUGUUAAAGCAUCGUGGUUGUGAAGUUGCUGUACUGUCUGCCUUCUCUAGCUUUCGUUUUCCUUUUGUUUCCUUGGUUUACACUCUAGAGCAAGGUUGUCAAAUCGGUCUAUGUCAGUGUGACGGUUUAGCAAGUGGAAUGGUUCGAUCGGUGAUACAUACAGGUUUGUGCCGGUUCAUGUCUGUUAAUAUUACAAAUAAUUUAUAAAUACUCAUAUUUAAACAUGACAUUUUACGUCAAUACCUAAAU